CCAGAUCAAGUGGGGAGGGUGCCAGUAUUCCCGGGAGGUAAGGAACCGCUGCUCCGGGCAAAGGGGCCGGUCAGCCAGAGGAGCCGCGCUCUUCCAGGGCGAAGCGGUCGGGCAGCUGCAGCGCAGCCAGCAGGCAAGACGCUCGGAAUCACCCAGCCAUGUCAGAUGUGGAAUUUGGACGGAUGUCUAUGAAGGAGCCCGAGCUGGAUGGCAAACGCAGCCCGGCCCAGCCCCACUGGUAUGAGCGCUACCUGCAGCCUUGCAUCGGGGAGCUGGUGGGCUCAGCGUUCUUCAUCUUCAUCGGCUGCGCUUCGGUCAUUGAGAACUCGGAGGGCACGGGGAGGCUACAGCCAGCCUUGGCGCAUGGAUUGGCACUGGGGCUCACCAUUGCCGUCUUGGGGAACAUCAGUGGAGGUCACUACAAUCCUGCCGUUUCCCUGGGGGCAUGGCUUGUUGGGGGGCUGAACAUGAUGAUGGUCAUUCCAUACUGGAUCUCCCAGCUGUGUGGAGGAAUGAUUGGGGCUGCCCUGGCUAAGGUGACGACGACGUGGGAGAGGUAUGAAAAUGCCACGGGAGCAGCCUUCACUGCUAUUUCCGCAGACCAUCAGCUCCCUGCUGCUGUGGUGGGGGAGAUUGUGAUGACCAUGUUCCUGGUGCUGGCUGUCUGCAUGGGUGCCAUUAACGAGAAAACCAAGAGUCCACUGGCACCCUUCUGCAUUGGCUUCACAGUAACGGUGGACAUCCUGGCGGGGGGAGCUGUUUCUGGAGCCUGCAUGAAUCCGGCCAGAGCAUUUGGCCCUGCAGUGGUUGCCAACUACUGGGACUAUCACUGGGUGUACUGGGUGGGCCCCAUGGGGGCUGGACUUCUGGUUGGUGCAUUGAUAAGGUUCCUGAUCGGCGACACGAGGAGACGCUUCUUCCUCAAGUGA